CAUUUUUUUGUUCGUAUUCGUGGAGUAGCCUAUAUGUUUUGCCGAUAUUUUAAAACAGCUGUUCCCAAUUUGAAUAGUGAAUAGUACCAAUAACAUGUUCAAUAUUGUGAAGCAAACACAGCGAAAGGUUCUCCAAACCAAAAAUAGAGAGUUAUUGCUUAACGAUUACAGUGGGUUCAAAGUUCUCGCACCUCUUAAUGUCUACAACAACAAUAACAUAGCUAAUCGAGACGAAAAUAAGAUUAAAGUAUCAAACACCAUUUGUCAGAACCAGAAACGUUGUUUGGUCACCAGUAACAUAGCCAAAGCCGAAAGUAUGAAACGCUUGCAAGGCAAAGUGGCUGUAGUAACAGCUUCUACAGAUGGCAUAGGAUUUUCAAUAGCCAAACGCCUGGCGCAAGAUGGUGCAAACGUUGUCAUUAGUAGCCGCAAACAAAAUAACGUGGACAAAGCAGUCGCCGAAUUGCGUAAAGAAAACUUGAAUGUUUUGGGCUUGAAAUGCCACGUUUCGGAAGCACAAGAUCGCCAACACCUUUUCGAAGAGACCAUCAAAAAAUAUGGUAAAAUUAAUAUUUUAGUCUCUAAUGCCGCCACCAAUCCUGCUGUGGGAGGUGUACUUGAUUGUGAUGAAAAAGUUUGGGACAAAAUCUUCGAUGUGAAUGUCAAAUCCUCCUAUUUAUUAGCCAAGGAGGCCUUGCCAUUUUUACGCAAAGAGAACAAUUCCAGCAUUGUUUUCGUUUCUUCAAUUGCUGGUUAUGAUGCUUUUGGCCUUUUGGGUGCAUAUUCCGUAAGCAAAACUGCUUUAAUAGGACUAACGAAAGCUGCUGCCAAAGACUUGGCUCCAGAGGGAAUUCGAGUAAAUUGUUUGGCACCCGGAAUUAUCAAGACCAAAUUUUCUAAAUCACUUUAUGAGGACGAGGCAGCAAAUGAAGCUGCUCUUUCCAAAAUACCAUUGGGUCGUCUAGGUCAGCCUGAAGAAAUGGCCGGGAUUGUUUCAUUCCUUGUAUCCGAUGAUGCCACUUAUAUCACUGGUGAAACCAUAGUGGCUGCUGGUGGCAUGGCGGGUCGUUUGUAAUAUUAAAUGUACAUACAUAUGUUAUAAGCAAUUGAAAUAUAUUUUUGGGAUAUUUGUAUGAAUGUUAGCCUAUAUAAAAUUUCUAGAAUUACAAAAAAAAAGCAAUAAAACAAAAUCAUACAAUAACAAAAUACAAUAUAGUUUAUAAAA